AAGUUGUGUGUUUGGUGGGGAAGUAAACAUUAUGUUUUUUCUCGAUGUAUUUGAAUUAAACUAGAAUUAUUAUCAUAACAACAAUAAUAUAUUGUUAGAUAUAGUGUGUGUGUUAGCUGAUAAUUAAAUCAAAAGUUAUGGAGCCGCCUUCACCAUGGAAAAGACCAAACGAAGUUAUGCAAUUACACAAGUUGAAAAGACGAAAGAAAGCUUUGCAGGAGCGUAUGAAACAACCGGCUCCUUCAACCAGUAACGAGCCAGUUGCCACGAGCCAAACAGUAGAUCUAGAUUUUUCCAGAUUAAUAAACGGAGAUUAUGGAGACAAAAGAAAAAAUCCCUUUUCGAAAAACAACUCUCAAGCAACCAAAAAGCCGAAAGUGGAAGUGGAAUCGCCUUUAGACGAGUCAAACGACAAAACAUUAUUUGCACUGCUGAAGUUACCUGCAAAAUUACCGCAGAAACCUCCCCAAGACCUGGACACAGAGAAACUAUCCACAUUCUCCAAUUUAUUGCAAAAAUUCACAGCAGAGCAUUCCGUAGAACCUCAACAUAUCGAGAAGAAGUAUAAAUAUCUGCCCAUUGAUUGGGCAUUAAAAACUAAGAUUAGAUUAAUGUCCCCAAAGCCUUUUGCUUGGACAUCCAAGUUGAAAGCAAGUGAAGAAGCAUCAGGAAUCACUGGAUUCGUCCGCUGCCUCGACACCACCUCGUCAUCGUCCCUGGACACAUCUCCCCGUGCGCUGUUCCACCAGACCUGCCUGUACUGGCAGCACCCGCACCUGCCGUGGCUGCAGCUGUUCCCGCGCUCGUCGGGCAAGGUCGCGGCCACCAGCUUCAUGGCCACCAAUGAGGAUGUCAAGCAAGCCCUACAUAGGGAGUGGACGGAGAGCUUCAGGUCUCUGUUUCAGCUAGUUCGCGCACUGCACUGCCCAUACUUCUACGUGUGCGCGAACACGUUUACGGUACUGUUCCGCGCUGCCGGCGUCUGCGGCGUGACGGAACCCUGUGCGCUCAUCGCGCCCACCUCACGUGGAUUCCGGCAAGCGCUGCGGCAGGAAGAUGUUGAAUUCACAAUGCCGCUCCGUUCGGACGCCAAGAAAAGACUGAGCAACUCCGACGAGGAGAAGCCGAAGAACUCCUCAUUUGACAGCUGCUACGACACCAUGGACGAGGGCUCUAGGCUAGACCCUCCGGAGGGCAAGGAGGACGACGGGUCAGGGGACGAGGACCCUGACCAGUUCCUCUCACAGUUGGGACUGGAGACGGAGGUUAUAAAGAAGAUCAACAUCAACCAAACCCGAGUGGCCCAAACCGCGGAAAGCAGCGUGGACAGCGCGGCCGAGUCUCUGGUAUUCGUGCGCGGCGCGGACGCGCAGGCGCUGUUCAACUUCCUGCUCAACUGCAAGUCGGUGGUGGGCCCCACCGGGCCGCUGGCCGGCGUGCCGCCAACGCUACUCGCGCCCGUGGCCUUCCAUGGAGGCACGCUGCAGGCGCUCAAGGUAACAUGUUCCACUUCCUGCCCAACUGCAAGUCCGUGGUGGGCCCCACCGGGCCGCUGGCCGGCGUGCCGCCCACGCUGCUCGCGCCCGUGGCCUUCCAUGGAGGCACGCUGCAGGCGCUCAAGGUCCGCGAGAACACGGUCCACUCGGACAGCAAGAAGUACUACUCGAUCGAGCUGCGCGGGCCCGUGCUGCCGACGGCGCUGCACUCGCUGCUGCGCGUCCUGCGAGACAGUUCUGCUGCUACCUUCAGCGCCACCUGCGCGCACCACGCGCCCUCGCGCGCCUUCAGCACGCCGCGAGCGCACACCGCGCCAGGUGAGCGAGCACGCCGUGCACUCGGACAGCGAGUACUAAAGCCUGGUCCGGGAGCACGUAGAAUCCAGUCCAAU